UGCCACUAUAUUUCUUUCAUUUAUUUAUUUAUUUAUUCAUUCAUCAUGUGUCAGAAAAUAAAACUCAAGCUUAGCCUCCCUGUCUCUCUCUCUCGCAUUAAUUGAAGAACGUUCUCACUCAUUCACUCCUCUUCCUUUCUUUUCGAUUUUUUCUAAGCAUCGAUUCUCUGCUUCAUCCUCUCUUCGUUUUUCACAGCUGCUGCAGUUUUGCAUUUGAGGAGUUCAACAAGAAGAUUCUCAAGAGUAGAAAGAAUACUGACUGACCCUGUACCUCAGUUCCUGACUAUUUGGGAUCAUGGGGAGCAGAUUAUGUUGAUGCGUGCGUGACUGCUGAUAAGUUGAAGAUCCAUAGAGAAGAUGGUGAAACAUCGCUUUAGAGAGUCUAUAAAAUCUUUGUUUGGAAGUCAUCUUGACCCUGAGAAAGAUGAGCAACUGCAGGGAGCUAAAACAGAAAUUGAUGACAAAGUGAAAAGGAUAUUGAAACUUAUUAAAGAUGACAACCUUGAAGAGGAUGGCCCCCCUUUAGAGCAAUCUAAGAAGGAACCACUUGUUGAACUGAUUGAGGAUUUCCACAAUCAGUACCAAUCGCUCUAUACACGAUAUGAUCAUUUGACAGGUGAGUUAAGGAAAAAGAUUCAUGGCAAGCAAGGAGAAAAUGAGAGCUCAUCAUCCAGUUCAGACUCAGAUUCAGAUUAUUCUUCAAGAGACAAAGUCAGAAAAAAUGGACAGCUGGAAAGUGACUUUCAAAAGAUAAUUGAAGGCUUAAAGCAAGAACUUGAAAUGGCUAGUGUGGAAGUUGCUGAAUUAAACCAGAGGUUGACAAGUACUCAUGAAGAAAAGGAGGAUCUUAAUUCGAAAUAUGUUGCAGCAUUGAGCAAGAUAGAAGAAGUAGAGAAAAUAAACAUGGAUUUGAAAUCUGAUGCUGAAGCAUCGAGUAUUCAAAGAUCAAAACUUUUGGAUGAGAAUGCUGAACUAAAAAAUCAACUGGACGUUGCUGGUAAGACAGAAGCUGAGCUGAGUCAAAGAUUGGAGGACUUGAAGACAGAAAAAGAUAGUUCGACAUCGGAGAAGGAGACAGCUAUCCAGCAGAUUGUCGAGGAAAAGAAGAUUACAGAUGACCUGAGAACCACAGUUGAUCAACUGAAGGAUGAGAAAUUCUCUCUUGAGAAAGAAUUACAAGUCGUGACAGGGGAAAUUUUCAUUCUAAAACAGCAGUUAGAGCAUGCAGAUGAGGAAAUGACAAAGGUCAACAACAACCUGAGAGUCACUGAGGAAGAAAAUGAAUCAUUGAAAUUGAAACUUUCACAGGCUUCUGAUGAGGUCCAGCUUUCUCACAGAAGAGUUCAAGAACUUGUAGACGAAUUGAGUCAGUUAAAGGAGGAACAUGUUGCAGCAUUGAGCAAAAUAGAAGAAGUAGACAAAAUAAACAUGGAUUUGAAAACUGAUGCUGAAGCAUCGAGUAUUCAAAGAUCAAAACUUUUGGAAGAGAAUGCUGAACUAAAAAAUCAACUGGAUGUUGCUGGUAAGACAGAAGCUGAGCUGAGUCAAAGAUUGGAGGACUUGAAGACAGAAAAAGAUAGUUUGACACUGGAGAAGGACACAGCUAUCCAGCAGAUUGUCAAGGAAAAGAAGAUUACAGAUGACCUGAGAACCACAGUUGAUCAACUGAAGGAUGAGAAAUUCUCGCUUGAGAAAGAAUUACGAGUUGUGACAGGGGAAAUUUCCAUUCUAAAACAGCAGUUAGAGCAUGCAGAUGAGGAAAUGACAAAGGUCAACAACAACCUGAGAGUCACUGGGGAAGAAACUGAAUCAUUGAAAUUGACAAUUUCACAGGCUUCUGAUGAGGUUCAGCUUUCUCACAGAAGAAUUCAAGAACUUGUAGAUGAAUUGAGUCAGUUAAAGGAGAAACAUGAUGAGAAGGAAAGGGAAGUUUCAACCCUCACCGAGAUGCAUGAAGGGCAUCAGAAUGAAUCCUCAAAUAAAAUUAGGGAGCUUGAGGGACAAGUCACAAACCUGGCACUAGAACUAGAAUCACAUCAAACCCAGAAAAGAGAUAUGGAGGAGCAAAUUAAAAGGGGCACAACUGAAGCAAGGGAACUGGGAGAGCACAAUUUAGGGCUACGUAGCCAGAUUUCAGAACUUGAAAUGAAGUCCAAAGAAAGAGAAGAGGAACUAUUUUCCCUCAAGAAGAAACUUGAAGAUAAUGAGGAGGAGUCAUCCUCUAAAAUAUUAGAUUUGACAUCUCAGAUAACCAAUCUGCUGACUGACAUAAGCACAUUACAUUCAAAAAACAAUGAACUGGAAGAGCAGAUAAUUUCAAAGAGCAGUGAAGCAUCAACUCAAGUCAAAAGCAUUACUGAUAACAUGAGUGUGUUGCAGCACGAAGUGGAGUCCCUACAACAACAGAAAGCUGACUUGGAAGUUCAGUUAGUGGAAAAAGUCCAAGAGAAUUCAGAGUAUGCAAUUCAAUUGCAAAAUCUGAAAGAGGAGGUUGACAGAAAAACCCUGGAACAAGAGAAACUUAUGGAAGACACCGAAAAUUUACUCAUGCAGAUAAGGAAUCUGGAAUCAGAGGUGAGCACUAUGAAGAACCAGAAAAGUGUAGAUGAUGAGCUGAUAAGGGCUAACAGCCACGAGAUUGAUCAUUUGAGACAAGAGAAGUUGGAGCUACUUGACAAAACAGCAGAAUUAGAGAAAACAUCAUUAGAGAGAGAAUCCGCGUUUUCUGUCAUCCAGGACACACUUCGUAAAGUAGAGGAAGAGAGUUCAGCUCAAAUAAUGAAUUUGACUGAGAAAAUCAACAAUCUUCAAAAUGAUUUGGUUUCCUUGGAGAAUCAGAAACAAGAGUCAUCACAGCAGUAUGACGGACUGAAGUUGGAGGUGGAUUCUAUACACAGCCAGAAGAGUGAACUUGAAGAGCAAGCAAGAGCUAAAGAUCAUGAGAACAGCGAGCUGAGAGAGGAAAUUAUUGGAUUGAAGGGAACAAUCACUGCGCUGGAGACAACAAUGGCAGAAAAGAAGUUUGCGUUGUCCACUUUGCAGGAAAAAUUUCAUGAGAAAGAGAACGAAGCUUCUGCCUUAACCACCCAAGUGAAUAAUCUGCAAAAUGACUUGCUUUCAUUGCAGGGCUUAAAAGAAGAGUUGGAGCUCCACUGUGGAAAAAUCAAAGAAGAACAUGCAGAAAGGUUUACACUCAUAGAGAAUGAAAAGAAUGAGCUAGCAGGAAAGUCAACCAGUCUUCAGAGAACAUUAGAAGAACGAGAAGAUGCUUAUCAGAAGUUAAAUGAAGGUUAUAUACAAAUGGAAGGUUGGCUGAAGGAAAGCAAGGUGAGCCUUGAAGUUGCUGAGAAGAAGAUUGAAGAAAUGGAACGUGAAUUCCAUGAAGGCAGUGAGUUUAAGAAUCAGAUGAUGGCUGAACUGGAGCAUACAGUGGAGGAUCUGAAGAGAGACCUUGAAGAGAAAGGAGAUGAAAUCAACACUAUGUUUGAGAAUGUCCGCAUGCUCGAGGUUAAGCUUCGUCUUUCCAAUCAGAAGUUACGCGUCACAGAACAAUUGCUAAGUGAGAAGGAGGAGAGCUUUAGAAAAGCUGAAGAAAAGUUCCAACAAGAGCAGAAAGCUCUUGAUGACAUGAUUGCUACUUUGUCAGUAAAGCUUGCUGCCAACAAUGAAGCUUUUCAGGAAAUCAUAGCCGGUGUUAAAGAGUGUGUGAACAGCGUGACGGUUGGCAUAGAAACCGUUUGCUGGAAUUUCUCUGAUAAAUGUAAAAAUCAUGAGAACUCUAUCUCCAACAUGUCUCGUGAGCUUCAGGUUGCAAAGAACGGUUUCAGGGAGAUGAACAAGGAAAAAGAGCAAUUGCAGACACAGAGACACCAAUUGCUGGAGCAGCUGCGGGAUAAGAAUGAAGAAGAGUUAGCUUUGAGGGAGAGGAUUGGGAAGCUGGAGGCAAAAGCAAGCAAGGAUGAAUCAGAGAAGACGAAUCUGGCUGCGAACAUGGCUCAACUGAGGAAUACAGUUGGAGAAUUGGAGAAGAAGAUGAAAGAGAAAGAUGAUGGCAUGUUGGACUUGGGUGAAGAGAAGAGGGAGGCCAUAAGGCAGCUUUGUUUGUGGAUUGAUUAUCAUCGCAGCCGUUAUGACUAUCUCAAAGACGUUCUAUCAAAGACAGGUAGAGGCCAACGAACGGCUUAAAUCCUUAAAGUUUGUUUAGCACCUUCUUGUGUGUCCCAUUUAGGUAUGGUGUUGUGGUUUGAAUUGUUAUUAGUUCAAUUUUUCUCAUGUGAAUUAAUUCUUUGUUUCUUUUGGUUCAAACAUGUGCGUGUUUAUAAUUUAAUUCAUUCUGUAUCAGGAGCAUAUAUCUCCUUCAUGAUUUGGUUAUCAUCACAUACCUCAUCAUUACUUGUCA